CAGCCUCAUCACAAUCUCAGCCUUGCACUUCGCUUAGAAAAUUUCCCAGCGACGCCAGCCUAGCCAACGAGUAACAACCAUCAGCAACCUCACUUCCGACGCGACCAUUUCAAACCCGCGUCCCUCCACAACCCAUUCAUUUCAAUCUCCAGCUCACAUCAUGAGUUUCGUACCAAUUAACCCCCGUCCGUUCCUUCAAAACCUCGUCAACGAAGAAGUAAUCAUUCGUCUAAAAUGGGGCGGUCAAACCGAAUAUAAGGGCAAGCUUGUCAGUAUCGACAGUUAUAUGAAUAUUCAAUUAUCGGGCGCCGAGGAAUGGAUUGAUUCGGAAAUGACGAGUACUUUGGGUCAGGUCUUGAUUAGAUGCAAUAACGUCCUUUACAUAUCAGCUGCACAAAUCAAGAAGGAAGAAGAUGAUACGAAGAUGGAGGGAUGAUUCUGUGAACUUGCGACUUGACAAAUGGAUAGAUGGAUGUGGAAACCAUAAUGGACUGAAAGGAGAGGAAAGCAAGAGAGGUCCAAUGGGAAAUUUGAUAGAUACCUAGUAUGGGAGAAAAUAUGAAUGGAAUGCGGAGAGCAUUACAUAGCAGAUAUGGUAGAAUGUAGGAACAUCUCACUUCCAGUGAGCAGGAGUAGUAGGAGAGGAGAAAAUUACCUAUACCUACAAUGAUUUAUUCACGAACGGCGUUGUUCAAGCAAAUCAAAGCAAGCUUAGGUACCUAGGAAUGGCUACCAGAUUCUAAACAAGUCACGCCACACUUCUACU